ACAUGCCCCAGAAUAAGAAUCAUGGUAAAACUGCGGAGAGAAAGCGGGCUGAGAUCCGUGAGUUGGAAAUACAAAUGACUAAGAUGUUUUUAUGUGGAACAUGCCAUAUUGGAUUCGACAACCAGCAGGAGUACGAACUACACAACGAAACAGAAGAACACAAUUAUCAUAUCACAAGGAAAAUUGGCACUUUGGUUCCUGGACUUGCCAUUUGUGCGGCAUGUACGUGUCUAGUUCAAACUCAAUACGGAUGGGACAGUCACGUGCUUACAGACAAACAUCAGCGUGUAAAACAAUCACUAAAUGGGUGUGGUAUUGAGGGGGAGUAUGAUGAACCUCUCGGUUGCAUUAGCCCAGGACAAGUUGGCCUCCCCAUUCCACCCUCUGAAAUAAACAUUCGGCUAGCAACUUCGUAUGGCUAUGGUCACGGAGGCAAGAUGGGAGCUGGAAUACCAAUAAUCGGACUUGACAGCAUAACCCCCCUGGUAAAAGGAAAAGCUCCUACACAUGUGAACCUCGUAGAGAAAUUCACUUGCCGCACGUGCAUGGAUACUUUCACUUUCGAGCUCAGAGGCAAUCAUCUUGGUAGUAAUGAACACUGGAUCAAUUAUUUGAGAAAUAAUUACCCUGGUUGGUAUAGCAUGGUGUUGAAAAUCCCUCCAGAGUUUGUCAUCCAGACCAAGUUCAAACUCAUAUACUUUGCUCACAAGAUUGAAGUAAUAGAAAAAGAGACUGAGUCCCCGACUGCAAAAGCUCUUAGGGAAAGAUUUUGCAUUCAGGCCACCCAAAGAAAGGCUCACAAUAUUGGAAGGGACCGUAACGAUAGAGGUAACUACCCAAGACCGAAUUAUGGCGAAGUUUUUUUCGUUAAAGAAGGUGAAAAAGACAUUCCUAAAUACGUUCUGGGGUCAGGGAUGAUUGGUGUUAAAAGUGGCGAUAACGGUAAUGCAUGGCAACAGCAACGCGACCAAGAACAGUUUCAGUUUGUCAGGAUGAGAAACUCAGAGAAUCAAUCAAUAGACUGUGAAGGAAAAUCUGAUUCAAAAGAUAAUUUUUCUCAGGCCAGCGUUUCCGAAACAACGGGUGAAAAGUCAGCAAAAAAAGCGGAUCAAACUAUUUCAAAGGAGAAACCUAAAACUAGCAACAAGACUGAUGUAGAUUCCAAAAAACGGCCGUGUGUCAAUUUAAUGCACUCAUUGAUUUCGGAAGGCCGUGAUAGGAAAAAUGGUGAUCCUAGGCGGUGGACCAAGGGGUGGUUCCAGAGGUGAUCCAAGAAGUGGUACCCGAGGUGGUCCCAGAGGUGAUCCCAGAGGCGGUCCCAGAGGUGGUCUUAGUGGUGGACCAAGGGGUAGUUCCAGAGUUGAUCCUAGAGGUGGUCCCAGAGGUGAUCCUAGGGGUGGUCCAAGGGUUAGUUCCAGAGGUGAUCCUAGAGGUGGUCCCAGAGGUGAUCCUAAGGGUGGUCCAAGGGGUGGUCCAAGAGAAAGCCAAUGGGGUGGUUUAGGAGGUUCUGGUAGGGGACUUCACCUUACCCAUGAUUCUCCCCUAGAAGGACCUCAUUUUGCUGCAUAUCAUUGGGAAACUGUAUACCAAAGUGGCUAUCAGGAAGAGAAAUAUUAUGAAGAGGUAUUCUACAAUCCUGGAGAGGGACUCUAUGCCGCAGAAAGUGGCUAUGAAGGAUAUGAAGGAUAUGAGGGAUAUGAGGGACAUGAAGAAUAUGAACCUGCCCAUCAUGCUCCCAUCAAAACUGAAGUGCAUGGUUACGGAUAUGAUCAUGGUACAAUUGACCCCUACUACACUGAAGACUACGGAUUCGGUCAUGAAGAGGGCUAUGACUACGGUUAUGACUAUGGUCACGAAGCGAUUCAUCAUAAUAAAAGACAUAGACCUCAUGAGGCACAGUGGAGCCACGAAGAGUACUAUGAAGAGCAGCCUGAUCAUCAAGGAUAUAGAGGUCGUGGAAGAGGUCGAGGGGUUGGCUUUCCUCCGCCGAGAGGUCGAGGGAGUGGAUCAGGACCUCCACACUUCAGAGGAACGCGACCUCCACCCUUCAGAGGAACGCGACCUCUUCCAGGACCACCUCCAUUAAGAGGUUCCAGACGUCCUCCAACGCAUAGGGGCGUUGCUCGAGGGCGAGGUCCAAGACAUCCAUACUGAGUAGCAGUGACACAUUAAUUGAUGAAUUGCUCCGACAUUGGAUAGACAUAAAAACCCUCGCAUUGUGCGAUUGGAAGACUUGUAAACAAGCAGGUUGAGCGAAAUUCACUUUUUAUGUAUUCUUAUUCUUUGGAAUAUACAAUCGUUUGAAACUGGGCUCUUAAUUUUAAUAGUUUACGAAUUUUGCUUGUUAGAAGCAUUCUUUUCGCAUUCUGAAUCGAGCCAAUCUCCUUUAUACUGACUUCCUGGCACCAACUUGUAAUUUUAUUCCAUCAAAUAUUCCAUUAUGAUCACAAUCUCGUUAGAAGACAUGAAUCAUUAUGAAUAAAUAAAUAUGGAGCUAGAAAAAUACUAUGAUAUUGUGACGAUAGUUUUAAUUCUAUUAGGUAGCGAAAGUAACUUUUAUAGUAAGUGUUAUUGUAAUAGUUGAUUGAUAACAUAGUGGAUUUCACGCCUCUUGAAAUUACUAAAUCAUUUCUUGUUUCAUUUAAUAAAUCAGAACUCUUAUAAAUUCAUUUUAAAUUCGACUGGCAUUCGCUCUAACCCUAACCCAUUCGCUCAUAAAUAAAUGCUCGUUUUGUCCAAGUAGCAAUGCCUCAUACAAAGAAGACCUUUACAUCGGCCGAGCUGGAGAAGGAGCUAGAAGCACCUUAUUUUUGUGGCAGCUGUAACGUUGGACUACAUGAUCUUGAGGAAGCAAGGAGCCACCACAAGGAAGAUGAGGAGCACCUUUACCAUGUAGAGAGGAGAGUGAAGGUGAUGGUGCCUGGGCUGGCAAUGUGCCCAGCCUGCUCACAACUCAUACAGAACUCUCAUAACUGGCAAGCUCACCAUAUUUCUAUCAAACAUCAGAAAUGUUCCCACACUCUCAAUUCUAUCGGAGUAACAGGAGAUUACGAUAAACCUCUCGGCGCUAUUAGUCCUGGUGAGAUAUCUGGCCCUAUUGAACACCAUGAGAUAGACUGUCACAAAGCCACCUCGACAUACGGAUACGGCAAACCCUUUAACACUACGGGGAUCCCAAUUGUUGGUCUGAAUUUUAUCGAGGCCAAGAACAACGACCCGAGCAAGGGUGCGAAAUUCAAAUGCGGAACCUGCGAGGCAGAGUUUGGUUUUCUGGAUAGAUUAGCUCAUCUCACCAGUGUCAAGCAUCGUCGCUUCUACUUAAAAAAGCAUUACCGGGAAUGGUUUGAGAUUGCAACAGAAAGAACACCGAAAUCACGUGAGAAAGACAAACUUUUGUUCUUGUGUCACAAGGUAGAACUGAUAGAGGCAGACAAAGAGACGCCUCUAGCUAAACGAUUGAGGGGCAGAUUCUUUGGGCUGGAAAAACAUUUGAGUAUAUCCCACUCGAAGGCUAAAAACAAAGACACCAGAAGAGGACUACAUGAACCAGGCAGGAAGCCUAGAAACAACUCCGACAGCUCUGAGAGGCCUCCCCCUCCUCGUGAUUACAAUACGGUCGGCAAGUUUCACGGCUUGCAACCCUUUCCUCCUUCUAAGAGAUACAAGCCUGGACCACCUGACCACAGAUGCGAUCCUUACAGUGGCAGGAGUCAUGAGAUGUCGACGGAGCAGCUAGAUAAGCGAGAGGCGAUGAAAGCUAUUAAUGUACUGGAGAGGUUCAGUCUGCGACGAGCAGAGCAAGAGAUAAUAGAUAAAAUGGAUAAGAUGAGGGAUGCAAUAAUGAGGGGGGCUCGACUUUCUGACAUUCAAGGAUACGGGGCAAUGAUGUCGUCAAUGACAAGGUCAGCACCAGGCCCGGACAGAUCUCCUCUGAGAGGAGGUCUCCUCCAGAUUCCUAGUGAUCGUCCUUCACACAGUUUCCCGGCUAACGACCCUUAUAUUAGCUACAGUAGACCGGGCACGGCUGGUCCUGGGGCACCUAGGCCCACACUUCAGGAGGAUGCUAUGUAUAUGGAAGGCCAUGUUGGUUCACACAGACAAUAACUCUGCCUCUCAGACAAGACAUGGGAGUAUUCAGUGGGCUUGUCCGGCCCUGUGGGCCAUUCAGUGGGCCUGGCCCGACACCGUGCAGAAAACCCUUAGGGUUAAGUAUUUUUGUAGGUAAAUAUAAUGUUACAGGCGCAACGGGGUAGCCAGGAUCAAAGGCGAUUUUUCCCAUCUCUGCUUGGCAUGCAAAAAUCCUAUACAAGCGAUCUGUAAUCCGAAAGUGACUACAAAGUUCACAGACUUUACGGACUAUAUCAGGAGGACUAUAUUAGGACCUCAGGACUUAGGAGGACUAUAUUAGGACCUCAGACUCUAGAUUAUCAACCGAUUUUUAUUUCUGUUUUUAAUUUCUGUUCUAUAUCGGCUUUAAUUCUUUACAGUAGGGUGAGCUGUUACUUGAAGCUCCUGACUGUAUAAUUUUUAGGAAGUUUUAGGAUCAUUCAAAUCACACAAAAUGGAUAUCUUUGAUUUUGAACUGAACUGUACAAAUUAUAAAGUAUGAAGGGAUUGUCAUGAUGCCCUCUGGUAUUUCUCUUGUUUUAUAUUUUUUCUUUCAUCAUUAUGACGACUUGCCAGUAUCUUGCAGGUGUAUAUAUUUGUAUUCUUUCGCAACAUGUCUCUAUUCUUAUCGUUGAGAGGUUGAGCUUGAUAUAUGGCUUACUUAUGUUGC